CUGAAAAUUUUCUUGUCCCAUGUGACACUUCUGAAAUGUCUGUCUGUUCUUUUCUCCUUUUUAAUUUCCCAAGCUCACUAUUUGGAUAAGAUAGUUAAAGACAAGAUAGGAUAUAAAGAGGGUUGUCCUGGCCUGUGCAACAGCAAUGGAAGAUGCACGUUGGACCAAAACGGCUGGCACUGCGUUUGCCAGCCGGGGUGGAGAGGCGCGGGCUGUGAUGUAGCCAUGGAGACCCUCUGCACAGACAGCAAGGACAAUGAAGGAGAUGGACUCAUCGACUGUAUGGAUCCUGAUUGCUGCUUACAGAGUUCCUGCCAAAAUCAGCCCUACUGUCGUGGAUUGCCGGAUCCUCAGGAUAUCAUUAGCCAAAGCUUACAAUCCCCAUCUCAGCAAGCUGCCAAAUCCUUCUACGAGCGAAUCAGUUUUCUCAUAGGAUCUGAUAGCACCCAUGUUAUACCUGGAGAAAGCCCUUUCAAUAAGAGCCUUGCAUCUGUCAUCAGAGGCCAAGUACUAACUGCUGAUGGAACUCCACUUAUUGGAGUAAACGUCUCAUUUUUCCAUUACCCCGAAUAUGGAUAUACUAUUACCCGCCAGGAUGGAAUGUUUGACUUGGUGGCAAAUGGUGGAGCUUCUCUGACUUUGGUAUUUGAACGGUCCCCAUUCCUCACUCAGUAUCAUACGGUGUGGAUUCCAUGGAAUGUCUUUUAUGUGAUGGAUACCCUAGUCAUGAAGAAAGAAGAGAAUGACAUUCCCAGCUGUGAUCUGAGUGGAUUUGUGAGGCCAAAUCCCAUCAUUGUGUCAUCACCUCUGUCCACCUUCUUCAGAUCUUCUCCUGAAGACAGUCCCAUUAUUCCCGAAACACAGGUACUCCAUGAGGAAACUACAAUUCCAGGAACAGAUUUGAAACUUUCCUAUUUGAGUUCCAGAGCUGCAGGGUAUAAGUCAGUUCUCAAGAUCACCAUGACCCAGUCCAUUAUACCAUUUAAUUUAAUGAAGGUUCAUCUUAUGGUAGCUGUAGUGGGAAGACUCUUUCAAAAGUGGUUUCCUGCCUCGCCAAACUUGGCAUAUACUUUUAUAUGGGACAAAACAGAUGCAUAUAAUCAGAAGGUGUAUGGUCUGUCAGAAGCUGUUGUGUCAGUUGGAUAUGAAUAUGAGUCGUGUUUGGACCUGACUCUGUGGGAAAAGAGGACUGCCGUCUUGCAAGGUUAUGAAUUGGAUGCUUCCAACAUGGGUGGUUGGACAUUAGAUAAACAUCAUGUACUGGAUGUUCAGAAUGGUAUACUGUACAAGGGAAAUGGGGAAAACCAGUUUAUCUCCCAACAGCCUCCAGUUGUCAGUAGCAUCAUGGGCAAUGGGCGAAGGCGCAGCAUCUCCUGCCCCAGCUGCAAUGGGCAAGCCGACGGUAAUAAGCUCUUGGCCCCAGUCGCGUUAGCUUGCGGGAUCGAUGGCAGUCUCUAUGUGGGGGAUUUCAACUAUGUUCGGCGGAUAUUCCCUUCCGGGAAUGUAACGAGUGUUUUGGAACUAAGAAAUAAAGAUUUUAGACAUAGCAGCAACCCAGCUCAUAGAUACUACCUUGCAACGGAUCCCGUCACAGGAGAUUUGUACGUUUCUGACACUAACACGCGCAGGAUUUAUCGCCCAAAGUCCCUUACGGGUGCCAAAGACUUGACUAAAAACGCGGAAGUAGUUGCAGGGACAGGAGAGCAGUGCCUUCCAUUUGACGAAGCCAGGUGUGGGGACGGCGGGAAGGCCGUGGAAGCAACACUCAUGAGUCCCAAAGGAAUGGCGAUUGAUAAGAACGGAUUAAUCUACUUUGUUGAUGGAACCAUGAUUAGAAAAGUUGAUCAAAAUGGAAUCAUAUCGACUCUCCUGGGCUCUAAUGAUCUGACUUCAGCCAGACCCUUAACUUGUGACACCAGCAUGCACAUCAGCCAGGUACGUCUAGAAUGGCCCACUGACCUCGCCAUUAACCCUAUGGACAACUCCAUUUAUGUCCUGGAUAAUAAUGUAGUUUUACAGAUCACUGAAAACCGUCAGGUUCGCAUUGCUGCCGGCCGGCCCAUGCACUGCCAGGUUCCCGGGGUGGAAUACCCCGUGGGGAAGCACGCGGUUCAGACGACGCUGGAAUCCGCCACUGCCAUCGCCGUGUCCUACAGUGGGGUCCUGUACAUUACUGAAACUGAUGAGAAGAAGAUUAACCGGAUAAGGCAGGUCACAACGGACGGAGAGAUCUCCUUGGUGGCGGGAACUCCUUCAGAGUGUGACUGCAAAAACGAUGCCAACUGUGACUGUUACCAGAGUGGAGACGGCUAUGCCAAAGAUGCCAAACUUAAUGCUCCGUCCUCCCUAGCUGCUUCUCCGGACGGGACAUUGUACAUCGCAGAUCUAGGAAAUAUUCGGAUCCGGGCUGUGUCAAAGAAUAAGCCUUUACUUAACUCCAUGAACUUUUAUGAAGUUGCGUCUCCAACUGACCAAGAACUCUACAUCUUUGACAUCAAUGGUACUCACCAAUACACUGUGAGUUUAGUCACCGGCGAUUACCUGUACAAUUUUAGCUACAGCAAUGACAAUGAUAUUACCGCUGUGACAGACAGCAAUGGCAAUACCCUGAGAAUUAGACGGGACCCUAAUCGGAUGCCAGUUCGAGUGGUGUCUCCGGAUAACCAGGUGAUAUGGUUGACAAUAGGAACAAACGGAUGUUUGAAAAGCAUGACUGCUCAAGGACUAGAAUUAGUUUUGUUUACUUACCACGGCAAUAGUGGCCUUCUAGCCACUAAAAGCGAUGAAACUGGAUGGACAACAUUUUUUGACUACGACAGUGAAGGUCGUCUGACAAAUGUUACGUUUCCCACCGGAGUGGUCACGAACCUGCACGGGGACAUGGACAAGGCCAUCACAGUGGACAUCGAGUCAUCCAGCCGAGAAGAAGAUGUCAGCAUCACUUCGAAUCUGUCCUCAAUCGAUUCUUUCUACACCAUGGUUCAAGAUCAGUUGAGAAACAGCUACCAGAUCGGCUACGACGGCUCCCUUCGGAUCAUCUACGCCAGUGGUCUGGACUCACAUUACCAGACGGAGCCACAUGUCUUGGCUGGCACAGCUAAUCCAACAGUUGCCAAAAGAAACAUGACUCUUCCUGGUGAGAACGGUCAAAAUCUGGUGGAAUGGAGAUUCCGAAAAGAGCAAGCCCAGGGGAAAGUGAAUGUCUUCGGUCGAAAGCUCCGGGUUAAUGGCAGAAACCUCCUUUCAGUUGACUUUGAUCGAACAACAAAGACAGAAAAGAUCUAUGAUGACCACCGUAAAUUUCUUCUGAGGAUCGCCUAUGACACAUCCGGGCACCCGACUCUCUGGCUGCCGAGCAGCAAGCUGAUGGCCGUCAACGUCACCUACUCAUCCACAGGCCAAAUUGCCAGCAUCCAGCGGGGCACCACCAGCGAAAAAGUAGAUUAUGACGGACAGGGGAGGAUCGUAUCUCGGGUCUUUGCUGAUGGUAAAACAUGGAGUUAUACAUACUUGGAAAAGUCCAUGGUUCUUCUGCUUCAUAGCCAGCGGCAGUACAUCUUCGAAUAUGACAUGUGGGACCGCCUGUCUGCCAUCACCAUGCCCAGCGUGGCUCGCCACACCAUGCAGACCAUCAGAUCCAUCGGCUACUACCGCAACAUAUACAAUCCCCCGGAAAGCAACGCCUCCAUCAUCACAGACUACAACGAGGAAGGGCUGCUCCUGCAAACCGCUUUCUUGGGCACAAGUCGAAGGGUCUUAUUCAAAUAUAGAAGGCAGACCAGGCUCUCAGAAAUUUUAUAUGAUAGCACAAGAGUCAGUUUUACCUAUGAUGAAACAGCAGGAGUCCUAAAAACAGUAAACCUCCAGAGUGAUGGUUUUAUUUGCACCAUUAGAUACAGACAAAUUGGCCCCCUGAUUGACAGACAGAUUUUCCGCUUUAGUGAAGAUGGGAUGGUAAAUGCGAGAUUUGACUAUAGCUAUGACAACAGCUUCCGAGUGACCAGCAUGCAGGGUGUCAUCAACGAAACUCCGCUGCCCAUUGAUCUUUACCAGUUUGAUGACAUUUCUGGCAAAGUUGAGCAGUUUGGAAAAUUUGGAGUUAUAUAUUAUGAUAUUAACCAGAUCAUUUCCACAGCUGUCAUGACUUACACGAAGCACUUUGAUGCUCAUGGCCGCAUCAAGGAAAUUCAGUAUGAGAUAUUCAGGUCGCUCAUGUACUGGAUUACAAUUCAAUAUGAUAACAUGGGUCGCGUAACCAAGAGAGAGAUUAAAAUAGGGCCUUUUGCCAACACCACCAAAUAUGCUUACGAAUAUGAUGUUGAUGGGCAGCUCCAAACAGUUUACCUGAAUGAAAAGAUCAUGUGGCGGUACAACUAUGAUCUGAAUGGAAACCUCCAUUUACUGAACCCAAGUAACAGCGCACGCCUGACGCCUCUCCGCUACGAUCUGCGAGACAGAAUCACUCGACUGGGUGAUGUUCAGUACCGGCUGGAUGAAGAUGGUUUCCUACGUCAAAGAGGCACAGAGAUCUUUGAAUAUAGCUCCAAGGGGCUUCUGACUCGGGUUUACAGCAAAGGCAGCGGCUGGACAGUGAUCUACCGUUACGACGGCCUGGGGAGGCGUGUUUCUAGCAAAACCAGCCUGGGACAGCACCUGCAGUUUUUUUAUGCUGACCUAACUUAUCCCACCAGGAUUACUCACGUCUACAACCAUUCAAGUUCAGAAAUUACCUCCCUUUAUUACGAUCUCCAAGGACAUCUCUUUGCCAUGGAAAUCAGUAGUGGGGAUGAGUUCUACAUUGCAUCAGAUAACACAGGGACACCGCUGGCUGUUUUCAGUAGCAAUGGGCUUAUGCUGAAACAGAUUCAGUACACCGCAUAUGGUGAAAUCUAUUUUGACUCCAAUAUUGACUUUCAGCUGGUAAUUGGAUUUCAUGGUGGCCUGUAUGACCCACUCACCAAAUUAAUCCACUUUGGAGAAAGAGAUUAUGACAUUUUGGCAGGGAGAUGGACAACGCCUGACAUAGAAAUAUGGAAAAGAAUUGGGAAGGACCCAGCUCCUUUUAACCUGUAUAUGUUUAGGAAUAACAACCCUGCAAGCAAAAUCCAUGAUGUGAAAGACUACAUCACAGAUGUUAACAGCUGGCUGGUGACAUUUGGAUUCCAUCUGCACAAUGCUAUUCCUGGAUUCCCUGUUCCCAAAUUUGAUUUAACGGAACCUUCUUACGAACUUGUGAAGAGUCAGCAGUGGGAUGAUAUACCGCCCAUUUUUGGAGUCCAGCAGCAAGUGGCGAGGCAAGCCAAGGCCUUCCUGUCGCUGGGGCGGAUGGCGGAGGUGCAGGUGAGCCGGCGCAGGGCGGGCGGCGAGCAGUCGUGGCUGUGGUUCGCCACCGUCAAGUCGCUCAUCGGCAAGGGCGUCAUGCUGGCCGUGAGCCAGGGCCGCGUGCAGACCAACGUGCUCAACAUCGCCAACGAGGACUGCAUCAAGGUGGCGGCGGUGCUCAACAACGCCUUCUACCUGGAGAACCUGCACUUCACCAUCGAGGGCAAGGACACGCACUACUUCAUCAAGACCACCACGCCCGAGAGCGACCUGGGCACGCUGCGGCUGACGAGCGGCCGCAAGGCGCUGGAGAACGGCAUCAACGUGACGGUGUCGCAGUCCACCACGGUGGUGAACGGCAGGACGCGCAGGUUCGCCGACGUGGAGAUGCAGUUCGGCGCGCUGGCGCUGCACGUGCGCUACGGCAUGACGCUGGACGAGGAGAAGGCGCGCAUCCUGGAGCAGGCGCGGCAGCGCGCGCUCGCCCGGGCCUGGGCGCGCGAGCAGCAGCGCGUGCGCGACGGCGAGGAGGGCGCGCGCCUCUGGACGGAGGGCGAGAAGCGGCAGCUGCUGAGCGCCGGCAAGGUGCAGGGCUACGACGGGUACUACGUACUCUCGGUGGAGCAGUACCCCGAGCUGGCCGACAGCGCCAACAACAUCCAGUUCCUCCGACAAAGCGAGAUCGGCAAGAGGUAACGCCCGGGCCGCGCCGUCCUCGCCGCGGGGACACCGGACUGGCCGGCCGCGGUCGCCUCGCCUCGCCGGGCCGGACACGCCGCUCUGCUCAGCUCGUCCUGUAGCACAAUCCGAAUUGGACUCUCCACGCGGAAGAGCCUUCUGGGAGAACGAUACUUGCUAUUAGAAAAAAACAAAACAGAACCACACAAACAAAAAACAAAAGACCACUUUUUUCUGAAUGACCUUAAAGGUGAUCGGCUUUAAAGAAUAUGUUUACAUAUGCAUAUCGCUGCACUCAGUUGGACCGAAAGUAGUAAAAGAAAAAAUAAUAAUAAUAAUAAUGAAAGAAAGGAAAAAAGGCCUCAAAAUUUUGCUCCGGGCCGUCUGUUCCUUCGAAACACUGUAUUUAAGGUAAAAAAAAAAAUGCACACAGUGUUUCCAAAUAUUACCGAAUUGUCGACCUUUGCUUACAAGAAGCAGUCACUCUGCAUAGGAUGUGAUAUGUAUCUCUGUUCAUUUUAAAAUGUGGGGGAAAAUUGUUGUUUAUAGACAACCCAACUGCUUUCCCUGUGCAGCUUUGUAAAAGGACAUUGGCACAGUGACUUCUGCUUCGGCGGGGAUUUAAUAACGGAUUUUACAACGCUAACGUGGUUUGCCUUGGGGCAAAACUGGCAACUAGAAUCCUUGUCACUGAUAAGCAAAGGAAAUCCUGAUUUUUUUUGUAAAUUAUGUGAGACAAGUUGUUUAUGGAUUUUUAUAUGAAUUACAAUUUACUGUACAUCAAAUAUUAGUCUCAGAGGAGUUAAUUUAUGUAAAGUGUUUAAAAAGUUUAUACUUAAAAAUAAAAUGAUAAAAACAUGUGAACCGUGUGAUUUUUUUAAAAGGAUUGCACCUUUUGUUAUCUGUUAUAGCUGUACAGUAUAAAUUAUUAUAUUGUAGAGAUAUAACAACUUAUGCCUAUAAUGUCCAGAAGUGUUAAUAUUUUUGUAUUAGGUUGAAAAAAAUGUGCAACUUUCUAUCACUAGAUGGAUAGGUCAGUGCAAUCCUAUGUGGGUGGCCAAUCAGAGAACUGCUCCUUUCUCUUCCUUCUCUUAUUCAUCACACCAGUGUCCUCAAGCAUUAUCAACUACGGGCACAGUAGAAAACUUAGAAAACUACAGCUGGUGGAAUCUAAGGGAAGAUAUGAAAAAACAGGGAGGGAGGGGUUUCCUGGCCCACUCUCAACCCUGAAAGUCCGUGGGGAGUCGAAAGAAUUAACCCUGGGGUUUUUACUAUUACUGUUACCCUUCUUGAAGCUCCAUCUCCUGAUGGAGGCGAGACGACAUCAGAGGCCCAGGAAACAUUUCUGAGGAGGGAAGGCUCUGAUGAAGUCGUGACUGUAAGCACGUGUCUUAAGGUCUAGGAAAGACAGCCGAAACCCAGCAGUGGGCAGCAGCCAGGAGGAGCCGGGUCACUCUGCUAGUCUUGGGUUUGGACCCUCGGGUCACCAAGAGGGGCAAAAAAGGGAGACAAAAGCUCCUUCUUGUAAGCCCACAUGACCAAACCACCUUGGUUGCUGGUUUGAAUGGCAGCCUCUGCUCUGUCUCGGGGAAGCCGGGUGGCAGAUCCAGCUGGAAGUGAACUGACAGCCGUGCCCUGCUGCACACGUGCGUGCUGCGGGAACGAGCCCAGCCGCCAUCUGCACUUCUGUGUCGGCUCAGCCGCUCUGACAAGUCUCUUUCGUGAGCACUAAAUUCAGCCACAAAAAUAUUUUUAGAAAAUAUCUCUCAGUUCAUUGAGCUAUAGUACACACUGUUUUCCUCUAUGUAUAAUGGUGAUAAAAUAUAGCAAGUGAACAUGUCGUAAAUAUAAAGGUUCAAGUGAUGUAUUGAAAAUAAUUUUCUAACUGCUUUGUAUGUAUCACAUACUCAAAAUUGCACAGUAGGCGUGUUUAUUAAACAGACUGGCUGGGAAAGUUUCAAAAUAGCUACUGAAUUUACAGUAUCAGUGCUAUUACUGUCUUUGUGUAUUUGGUAGAGCAUACCGAGUAAUUAAUCUUCUAAUGAAUGCUGAUAUUUUAUUAGAAUGAAAGCACAGAUUAGCAUUAAUUUUUUUAUCCUGGAAAUCCUUUGGCAAGUAUUAUGAAGCCCAAAUUUAGAAAACUAUGAGAUUUCAAACCACAUAAACAUGGCUCUGUUUUACAUUUUAUUUUUUAACUGUUAACUUAGGUAUUUGCAGUUCUGUUCAAUGGAACUUCUGCAGGACUGUAUUUAGCAUGCUGUAAGUACUUUUGGGUGAAAUAGGCUCUGAGUCUAAAUUCUCAGAAAUGUUUCUGAUGUAUUGACCAUGAAAAGCUUGUACCACAUGACAGAAGUGAAAUCAUAGUCUUAACCCCUUCUCGACACGGACUGGUCUUUACACCAGCACCAACAAAUGACAGAUCUGGAGUAUCUUCUGGUGCUUAUUUUAGAUGAAGUCAAAUCAACACAAUUAGUGUCUUGUUAGUAGGUAUAAUGAGCCUAUUUCUUUCUAAAAAGACUUGUGAUCUGGACAUGCUUUUACAAGAAAUAGUGACCUUGGGGAAUAUGUAAACAAAAGACCUUUUUCUAAGAGUUGGGGGUGGGGGGUGGGUGACUGUAUAAUGAAAAGAAUUAGCUUACAAAAAAGAAAUUGAUAUUCAAAGUAUUUUAGGCAAAGCCAGUCAAAAUGCUUUCAUGAUAUUUUGAGAUGUAAAUUUUGUCUGAUUUGUAUUGUUCUUUUCAUUUGCCUUCUUAACUUUAUAUGUGACCUGAAUUUUCCAUAACUUGAUGACUAUAGAUUGCAUCUAGGCAUUCCAAUAAAAGCCAACCCAAUGUG